AUGGAAAACCAGACUGUAAGUAAGGAUAUCCUUCUCCUGGAGAGGUUACAGGUCACCUCCCAGUCUUCCACCACUGCCUUCAUCCUCCUCCUCCUCGUCUACAUCUUCAUCUUGGUGUCCAACCUUGGUCUAGUGGCCUUGAUCUUUAGGACCAGGAGCCUCCACCAGCCCAUGUAUCUGCUCUUGUGCAACAUGAGUAUUAAUGAUGCAUUUGGGGCCACGAUAGUUAUACCUCAUGUACUCAGAGAUAUUUUAAUAUCAAACUCAGAGCGUUACAUUCAUUACUUCUGCUGUGUCAUUCAGGGCUUCUGUGUUCAUUUCCAUGCAAGUGCUUCUCACAGUGUGCUUAUGAUUAUGGCUUUUGACCGCUAUGUUGCAAUCUGCAACCCCCUGCGAUAUGCCACCAUCAUGACCAACAGGAUGGUGGUGAAGCUGUCGGUUGCAGCAUGGGCUGUAGUCUUUAUCAUGGUGGCGAUCCUUGUGGGGCUCAGCGUCCGGCUGUCACGCUGCAGGCGAGUUAUACUCAACCCCUUCUGUGAUAACGCCUCCUUGUUCAGCCUCUCCUGUGAAAGCCUGAUCAUCAAUCACAUCUAUGGCCUCGGCUACACGGUGGUCCUGCUGGGUUCCUCCAUGGGAAGUGUGACUCUCACCUACUUAAAAAUUGCUUAUGCUUGUUUGCGUAACAAAAACAAGAUUUUGAACAGCAAAGCGCUGCAGACCUGUGCCACCCACCUGGCUGUUUACAUCAUCCUGCUGGUGUCUGGCUUCAUCAUUGUCAUCCUGCACCGUUUCCCUCAGCUGUCAGGCCACAGGAAGGUGGCAUCCUUCCUGGGACAUGUUGCCUUGCCUACCCUGAAUGCUGUUAUCUACGGGCUGCAAAUUAAAGAGGUCAGGAAGACGAUCAAGGCCGUGUUCAACAAUAAUAAAAUAUCUCUGAUGAAUGUAAAAUGA